AAUUUUUUAUAAAAAAAAAAACUCAAUAAAGCUUAUGUAGAAAAUUACUUGUUAUUCUGGAGUUGAAGCGAUCAUAGUAAUUGAAUUCCAUUUCCAUCCAUUAUGGUUGUUGUUGUGGUGUAAUUUACUCACUGCUGAAUGUCGGUCAUCGGUGCAUUUGCAAAUCUAACUACCAUGUAGAUAAAAUCAAUGUCUCUCAUUUAUUACCUUUCAAACACCACUUGACAACUCCGUCCAUUUCGCUACAUCACUCGUUGGUUCGACUUUCUGAGUCAUAAAAACUAAUUGAUCCCAGUGGGAAAAAAAAAAGACAACAUAAAAAAAGGAUCAUACUCCUAUUUUUUGUAAUCUAUAAAAAAUACCCCUAUAUCUAUAUAUAUAAUAUGUCAUGUGAUCUCUUUGUUUAUAGCCUUCUAUUUGUAUAUUUUGUUCUUCAUUUGAUCUUCUUAAAAGUAUUUUCUUUUUCCUACAUCCAAAACUUGACCCUUUAAUUCUUAAGUAUCACUCAAUCCAAUGCUUUUGUUCUUGAUAUCCUGUUUCUCUUUCAUUCUUCUAUCCAAGUCAUUGUCUUCCAAGAACCGUUCAAGGAUGAAGAGUGAAUGGAGAUUGUUGUCACCAUGGUUUUGGGAAGGAUGCUUAAGCUUUAUGGUGUCAUGGUUCCAAAAGGGUAGGCUUGGAAUCAGUUUCUAUCAACUCCGUUCGAUCAUGUCAUUGAAGAAUAAGAAGAUGAGGCUUGGCUCUUAUAACGUAGAGAAUGUUGGGGGAAACCAAACGUCUCUGCUCGAUUUGCCUGAACUCACUCUGGAGUGCAUUCUAGAGCGCCUUUCACCUGCUGGAUUGUGCAGCAUGGCUGGAGUUUGCUCCUCUUUUAGGGAGAGAUGUACCAGUGAUCAUCUUUGGAAGAAACACAUGAAGCAGAAAUGGGGUAAAGUGAUUGGUGAUGCUGCUUACAGGGAAUGGCAAUGGCAUAUUGCUUCAAGAAAGAGACCGAACCUAUUAGGCCCAAGUAAGCAAAAAGGGUUUCUGGGAUCUCUUAGUAACAUGUGGCCUUUCUCUUGGUUUAAACCAAACUUAGAAAACAGUAGCAACCAGCAGAAAAAACUUGAUUUGCCAGUUGAUUCAAUCAUAUCUUGGUAUCUAUGUCUGGAAACCGGAAAACUCUGGUUCCCAGCACAAGUCUAUAAUCGGGAGAACGGACAUGCUGGGUUUAUGCUAUCAUGUUAUGAUGCGAAGCUUUGCUAUGAUUCCAGGUCGGAAACCUUUCAGGCAAGGUACUCACCUAACGGACGGCUAACAACGGAGGAUAAUAUAUCCUGGGAUAGGCUAAGAAUACCACCAGUUGAUGCUCCUUCAUAUGAUCUUCACAUUUCUGAUUCCUUACUUGACUUAAAACUUGGUGAUCAUAUUGAGAUCCAAUGGAGAAGAAACAAAGAAUUCCCCUAUGGGUGGUGGUAUGGUGUUGUUGGUCACUUGGAAUCAUGUGAUGGAAAUGAAAAUCACUGCCGUUGUCAAUAUUCAGACACAGUGAUGCUAGAAUUCAACCAGUACCCUGCUAGCUCGAGAUGGAGAAAAACAAUGAUAAACAGGAAAGACCAUAGAGAAGUAGGCAAUAAAGCUGAUGGAUUUUAUGGAGGAAUUAGGAAGCUUUACAAGGAAGAAGAGAUAUCAAUGUGGAAAAGUCUCUGGCCAAACCAAGUCUUAGAAUAGUUCAAGUAUUUGCUUUUCCCCUCAUGCUCUGUAAAUAUGCCAUUGCUACCUUUAUUUUUCUUUUCUACUUGAAUUGUGAAUGGGAAGAGAAUGUAAAAUCCAUCGAAGCUAUUUUAUGAUUAGAUGUACCUAUUCUAUACUUUUCCAAGUGUCGAGAGUCAGCACAUUUAUGUAUUGUACCUUCAGCACCAAGCUAUAUAAUUUUGCAAUCAGUUCAAGUAAAAAUUAGUUUCUUUUUUUUUU